AUGGCCCGAGUCAUCUUGUUGCGAGCCGUGCUGAUCGUGCUGGCCCUUGCUUGCUAUGCGCACGCUUUCUAUCUUCCGGGCGUAGCCCCCAUCGAAUACAACACGGGCGAUCGCGUGUACCUCUCGGUCAAUCAGCUCACCUCCGUCCACACCCAGCUCCCCAUGCGUUACUACACCCUCCCCUUCUGUCGGCCCGAGACGAUCGAGGAUGACAGAGAGAACCUGGGCGAACUUCUCCUCGGUGAUCGCAUUGAGAACUCCCCCUAUCUGCUGGCGGCCAAGCAGUCCGAAUCGUGCAAGGUGCUGUGCCCCGUUACUCUCACCAAGGAUGAGGCGAACGCAUUCAUCGAAGCCAUCGAGCAGGAGUACCGCGUUCACUGGAUCGUGGAUGGCUUGCCUUCGGCUACCAAGAAGUCGAUGACCGACGCCAAUGGCGAACCCAAGUCCUUGUACGAGGCUGGCCACCCUGUUGGUGAGACGGGCAAGCCCACGAGCAUCUUGAACAAUCACGUGGACAUCACGAUCCUCUACCACGAGGAGCCCGUGGACUACACCGGCGCUCGUGUGGUCGGCUUUGAAGUGCGCGCUCACAGCGUGGCUCAUAACCUCGACUACCCCAAGGACGGCACUCCUUCCACCUGCCCUCCUCAGUCUGGCGCCGCCCCCCUGGUCCUGGAGAAGGACAAGGAGGGCCAGAAGGUGCUCUUCACCUACUCUGUCAAGUGGGAGCAGUCCGAGCACAAGUGGGCCUCGCGUUGGGACUCGUACCUCCUGAUGACCGACGACCAGAUCCACUGGUUCUCGAUCAUCAACUCUCUGAUGAUCGUCCUCUUCCUCACCGGUAUGGUGGCCAUGAUCAUGAUGAGGACCCUGCACGCCGACGUCAGGCGUUACCGUGAGAUGGCCGAGAACGCCGAGGAGGCGCAGGAGGAGACUGGCUGGAAGCUUGUGCACGGCGACGUGUUCCGCGCUCCCUCGCACCCGAUGCUGCUGGCCGUCUCGGUGGGCAAUGGCGUCCAGGUGUUCGCCAUGACCGUCGUCACCAUGAUCUUCGCCGUCCUCGGCUUCCUGUCCCCCGCCAACCGUGGCGCCCUCAUGACCGCCAUGGUGGUGCUCCUCGUGGUGAUGGGCAUCUGCUCCGGCUACUACUCGGCGCGCAUCUACAAGAUGUUCAAGGGCAAGAACCUGACGAGGAACACCCUCGCCACCGCCAUGCUCUACCCCUCCAUCGUCUUCACCAUCUUCUUCGUCCUCAACACUAUCAUCAUGGGCCAGAAGACCUAUGGCGCCGUGCCCUUCCUCACUCUCCUUGAGGUUCUCGGCUUGUGGCUCUGCAUUUCGGUCCCGCUCGCCUUCCUCGGCGCCUACUUCGGCUGGAAGAAGCCCGUCGACGAGCCCCCCGUGCGCGUCAACCAGAUCCCCCGCCAGAUUCCCGAGCAGGUGUGGUACAUGAAGCCCAUCGUGUCCAUCCUCAUGGGCGGCAUCCUCCCCUUCGGCGCCAUCUUCAUCGAGCUCUUCUUCAUCCUCUCCUCGAUCUGGCUGCACAAGUUCUACUACCUCUUUGGCUUCCUGUUCAUCGUGUUCGUCAUCCUGAUCCUCACCUGCGCCGAGAUCACCAUCGUGAUGUGCUACUUCCAGCUCUGCUCUGAGGACUACCACUGGUGGUGGAGGGCUUUCCUCACCUCGGGCGCGUCGGCCCUUUACGUGUUCCUCUACUCGGUCUUCUAUUUCUUCUCGAGGCUUCAGAUUACCAAGUUUGUGUCGGCCAUGCUCUACAUGGGCUACACUGCCAUCAUGGCCCUCGAGUUCUUCCUCCUCACCGGAACGAUCGGUUUCUUCGCUUGCUACUACUUCGUGAGGCAGAUCUAUUCGUCGAUCAAGGUCGACUAA